UUUAUUAAAUGAAUUGUAUAUUGAAAUGAUAUUUUAAACUAAUAUAGUACAAAGAUACUUGCACUUUAAAUAAAGAGUCACUUAAAUUUCAUGUCCAUUUUGUGAAAAAUAAAUUUUAUAAAGAUGAGUAUGGAAGAUGAGUAUAAUGUAGCAGCCAGAUAUAGAACUGUUCGCAAGCAUUUAGAUAAUUUGGGAUACAAGCAAGCGCUUACUUUGGAUGCACUUCCUUUGAUAGAAAAAUUGCUUGCUGAUUUAAUACAAACAACAGAAAGUUUGAAGCAUUUUAAAAGCAUUGCACAAGAAAAUAUUGAGGCACAUACACAAUUACAAUCCAUAAUUGAUCCAUAUAAAUGUGAUAAUGUGAGAUUAGUACAAGAAUGUAACCAGCUUCAUUUAGAUUUGAUAAAAGAAAAAGAAGGUCAUCAGAAACAAAUUAAGGAUCUUAAAAAGGAAAUAUAUAAAUUGGAGCGUGAAUGUAAUGAUCUCCAGUUAGCAUCAUCUCGUAAUUUACAUAGAAUUAAGGAAUUGGAGAUUGAAUCUUCUAAAAAGUCUAAAAGAAUUUUAGAACUUCAAGGGAAAUGUUUAAAGCCAACUAUUAGUAAUGUUGGAUUAGCUUCUAAGAAACGUCCAGUUUUUCCACUUCGAAGACCAGUCAUAGAAGGUGAACCAUUACCAAGAACAGGAACUAAAAGCAAAAAUCCAUUGCCGAAUUUAAGCACAGUAGAACCGAAGGUUGUUGAUUUGUUAAACAUGGCAGAUCAUAAAAUGAAUUGUUUGAGUCAUGAGGUAACAAAAUUAAAGGGAGAACUCUCUUUGCAAAUUGAAAAUGUACAUAUGCUAAAAAAUCAGUUAACUAUAAAGGAAAAAGAAAUUAUACGAUUGAAAAAAAUGUUAGAUGGAGGCAGACCAUAUUCUGCUAUAUUUAAAGAUUGUGCUUGUAAGAAGACAGAUAAUGAUAACAUGGAAAUUAAUGAAUUAAAGAUUCUUCAACAAGAAAAGCUAGAAUUAGAACAGCAGUUAAAAGAGGCCUUAAAUAAGCAACAUGAUGCUAUGUCUCAAGCACUUAAACUUGCUGAUAGGAAUGAAGAAUUGGAAAAAGAAUUGAGAGACAUAGACCAUAUAGCAUUAGCUGUAGAGGCUGAUUGUAAUUCUGCAGUUAAAGAAAAUAAUAAAAGAGUUUCUAAGCUACAGCAAAAGUUAGAAGAAGUAAUGAUGCAAGUACACAUAUUAGAGGGUGAAUUAAUUGCUGAGCGUAGAGAAGUACAAGAAUUGAAAGCAAAUCUUGAAGCUUGUAAAAUGGAAAAGAAUAAUAUUCAACGCACUUUGGAAUCAACAUUAAAUGAGAAAAAACAGACGACGGAUAGGAUAAAUGAAUUAAUAAUAAUUGAAAGAAACUUAAAUGAUGAAAUAGAAAGAUUAGCUAGAGAAAACGAGAAGCAAAGACAAGAUAUUAUUCAGUUACAAUAUAGCAAUAAACAGUUAAAAGAUCAAAUGAACAUGAAGGAAAUUUUACAAGGAAAAAGAAAUGACGAUAAUAGAGAUUUGUUGCCAUUAUCAGGACAAAAUGGAAUAGAAAUCCAAGAACCUCAUAAAGAGAGAGAAGUUCAAAAUGAGAAUGGAAUUCGGUACAAUAAUUUACAGCAAACCGUUGAACAAUUAAAACGAGAGAGAGAUUUCUACAGAGAUGAAUAUAAUAAAAUUAAGGAUUACAAUAGUAAAACAAUGGAUAAAGACCAUGCUGAUUUGUGGACACGGAUUCGAGAAUUAAAACUACAGUUAACUGAAAAGGAAAGUGUAGUAGAUGAAUUACAACGAGAAAAGCAAGAAUUGUACCGCGAAAAAUUUAAUUUAGAAACGCGUUUACAGAGUUAUAAGGCUGAACAUAAAUCAUCUUGUCGGCCGUGUAAUGUAUGUAAACGUAGUACUUCGUGUAAUUGUGCUCUUUCGGCUGUGAAAGAUAUUAGCAAAGCAAAGAGCAUCAUUGAAAGAUUGGAACAUGAACGAAAUAUUGCAAGAGCAGAUGUUGAACGUUUAAUAGAGGAACGUGAUGCAUUACGUGAAAGAUUGAAGAUGGCAACAGAAGCACACACGUCUGAACAACAUCGUUUGAGGGAAAAUUUAACUGAUGUUGAAGCUCGGUUGAAACAGAUAGAAAAGGAACGACAAGAGCUUUUACUUACACAAGGAGCACGAAGAGCAACCAUAAAUGGUCUGGAAGAUCAACUGCAAGAUCUGCGAGAAGAGUUAAAACGAACUAAACAGGAACUAGGAACUCAACGGACGCAAUAUUUUCAACUCCGAGCCCUCCAAGAUCAAACAGAUCAGGCGCUGGGCGACGCGCAGAAUCAAUUAACGCAAUCGGAGUCUGAAUUAAAUAAGGCGUUGGACCGCAAUAGAGCGAUAGAACGACAGCAGUUGCAGUUGGAAAAUCAAGUGAAAGAAUUACAACAAGAAGUUAAUAAUUUCAAAUCAAAGAUGGCACAUUUGGACCAUGAGAAAGAUCAAUUAUUGAUGGAAUUGGACGAGAAGACAGAGAGAAUAGCUGCUUUAGAGAAAGAAAUAAUGAUCAAAGAUCAACAAGUAAUGGGGAACGAGCAACAGAUUCGUGAAUUACAGCAGAAAAAUGAAAUAACUGUCGAUCAGAGUGCUGAGCAAGGCAGACAAUUGAGAAUGUCGCAGCUAGAGGUAGAGAAUCUUCAACGGCAAUUACAAACGUCCAGUUACGAUCGGGAAAAUGCCAUUCAAGAAAAUCAACGGAUCCAGGAUGAUUUGGCUGCGGUUACUUGCGAAGUAAGAAAUUUGCAGCGCGAACUGGAUGCAUCUCGCGCCGAAUGCUCCGACUUGAAGCGGCAACUUCAAACUUACGUUGGCGAGGUCCGUCGAGCCGAGGAGCUUCUCAAUCGAAAGGAGAGUGAAAGAACCGAGAUGUUGAAUCACUUCAGAAGUUUGAGUUUAGAAGCAACAGUUCUGGAAAAUAAUAAUCACAGCUUGGAGUCUGAAGCGGCUGAAGCGAGAGGAGCACUACAGUCAGCUAGGGAUCGACUGUUAGACUUAGAGCGACAAUUGGCUGAUAAAGAUACUCUGAUCAGAGGCUAUGAAACACAGAUUAGCGAAUUAACUCAAAAUGUCGCAAGCAUGGAAACACAGUUGCGCCAACAAGGGGAACAGAGGCGCAGAACAGAGGCUGAUUUGAAUGCUGUGAGAGAUUUGUGUGUAAAAUUGGAUCAGCAAAAAGAUACGCUGAUGCUACAGCUGGAUGAUAAAGACGCACUUAAGGCGCAGUACGAUAUGCAAAUCGCUAAAUUGAAAGCGGAGCAGACUGUAAUUCAAGAUCAGAUGAGUAGAGAUCGCGCAACAGUCGAACGGUUAGAGAUGCUUUUGGAUCAAGCGCGGCAAGAAUCUAUAAGCGUGCAGGCCAACAAUCAGGAGCUUCAAAACGAGAUGUCCAGACUGAGACAAAAGAUGUCCGAACUGCAAAGUAAACUAUCGUCGGAAUCGGGAAAGCUACGGCAAUAUCAAACUCAAGCUGCGGAGUACUGUAAGCAGAUCAGUGAACUGCGUAGACAAGUUACAAACGAGAGAUUUGAUCGUGCAAGAAAGGAAGAAGAAACUCGCAGACACUCAGAAGGUCUUCCUGAUUCACUCGUCCAAACUCCACCUCCUAAUAACCAAAUCCCUUGUAAUUCAAAUGAUACAGGAUUUACGACGCAAAGGUCUUUAAAUUCCACACCAGACAGUUUUAACGUAGAUUUAAAUGUGGUUAUAUAAAGUAUCGUUUAACGUGCUCUGAUCAA